ACAGGAGCUUUGGACACCUUCUUGCAGAAAAAGCAUCUGGGAUUCAAGAGUGGAAAAACAGAACACACUGUGAUACCCAGAUCUAAAGAACUGGAGCCUUGAUUGGAAGAAAUAGGUGACAAAGUUUGUAUGCCUUGAAAUGUUCAGAACAAAAGGAUACUUUAUGACAAUGGACAAAAGCACGUAUGAAAGGUGACAGAAAGGGGAGAGGGAGCUUUCUUAUGAAUCAUAUAGGCCUAUGAUAGUAAUAAGCAGUUUGAAUGAAUGGAGCCAGAAUUUUAGGAAGUUGUUCCUAGAGCAGACCUACAAUGGAAAAGGAGGCAUUGGCAAAAGAAAAUACACAGGACAAUAGAAAGAGGAUGAAUGAAGAAAGUACAUUGAAGAUGGCCAAUGAGAAGAAAAGAAGUCUUUCCAGACUGGGGGUAAAAAGUCUAUUUGAGAUGUGGGCGCCCCAGCCAGCAGCAGAGAGGGGUGCAGGGGAGCCACAGAGAAGCCCCUUCUGAUGCCCCAAGGAGCAAGCCGACCCCUUCCAGGCUCAAGGAACACCACAAAGCAAUAUGAAACCUGUUCAUGAGAGGAGUCAGGAAUGCCUUCCACCAAAGAAACGAGACCUCCCCGUGACCAGCGAGGAUAUGGGGAGAACUACCAGCUGCUCAACUAACCACACACCCUCCAGUGAUGCCUCUGAAUGGUCCCGAGGGGUUGUGGUGGCCGGGCAGAGCCAGGCAGGAGCCAGAGUCAGCCUGGGGGGUGAUGGAGCUGAGGCCAUCACUGGUCUGACAGUGGACCAGUAUGGUAUGCUGUAUAAGGUGGCUGUGCCACCUGCUACCUUCUCCCCAACUGGCCUCCCAUCUGUGGUGAACAUGAGCCCCUUGCCCCCCACAUUUAAUGUAGCGUCUUCACUGAUUCAACAUCCAGGAAUCCACUAUCCCCCAAUCCACUAUGCUCAACUCCCGUCCACCUCUCUGCAGUUUAUCGGGUCUCCUUAUAGCCUUCCCUAUGCUGUGCCACCUAAUUUCCUACCAAGUCCCCUCCUUUCUCCUUCUGCCAACCUCGCCACCUCUCACCUUCCUCACUUUGUGCCAUAUGCCUCACUCCUGGCAGAAGGAGCCACUCCUCCUCCCCAGGCUUCCUCCCCAGCCCACUCAUUCAACAAAGUCCCUUCUGCCACCUCCCCACCUGGGCAGUUGCCACAUCACUCGAGUACUCAGCCGCUGGACCUUGCUCCAGGCCGGAUGCCCAUUUAUUAUCAGAUGUCCAGGCUACCUGCUGGGUACACUUUGCAUGAAACCCCUCCAGCAGGUGCCAGCCCAGUUCUUACCCCUCAGGAGGGCCAGUCUGCUCUGGAAGCAGCCGCUGCCAAUGGACAGAGACAGCGAGAACGAAACUUAGUAAGACGGGAAAGCGAAGCCCUCGACUCCCCCAACAGCAAGAGUGAAGGCCAGGGACUGGUGCCAGUGGUAGAAUGUGUGGUGGAUGGACAGUUGUUUUCAGGUUCUCAGACUGCACGGGUGGAGGUGGCAGUGCCAGCACACCGAGGGACCCCAGACACCGACCUUGAGGUCCAGCGGGUGGUUGGCGCUUUAGCUUCUCAGGACUAUCGUGUGGUGACAGCUCAGAGGAAGGAUGAGCCCAGCCCUCUCAACCUGUCCCAUCAUACACCCGACCAUCAGGGUGAGGGGCGAGGGUCAGCCAGGAACCCAGCAGAGAUGGCCGAGAAAAAUCAGGCCCGAGGGUUCUACCCUCAAUCCCAUCAGGAACCGGUGAAACACAGACCUUUACCCAAAGCAAUGGUUGUAGCCAAUGGCAACCUGGUGCCCACUGGAACUGACCCAGGUCUGCUGCCCAUGGGCUCGGAGAUCCUGGUGGCAUCAAGUUUGGACAUGCAGGCCAGAGCCACCUUCCCAGAUAAGGAGCCAACGCCACCCCCCAUUACCUCCUCCCACGUGCCCUCCCAUUUCAUGAAAGGCGCCAUCAUCCAGCUGGCUACAGGGGAGCUGAAGCGGGUGGAGGACCUCCAGACCCAGGACUUUGUGCGCAGUGCCGAAGUGAGCGGGGGGCUGAAGAUUGACUCUAGCACGGUCGUGGACAUUCAGGAGAGCCAGUGGCCUGGAUUUGUCAUGCUGCAUUUCGUGGUUGGUGAGCAGCAGAGCAAAGUGAGCAUCGAGGUGCCCCCUGAGCACCCCUUCUUUGUAUAUGGCCAGGGCUGGUCCUCCUGCAGCCCCGGGAGGACUGCACAGCUCUUCUCUUUGCCCUGCCAUCGGCUGCAGGUGGGAGAUGUCUGCAUCUCUAUCAGUUUACAGAGCUUGAACAGUAACUCAGUUUCUCAGGCUAGCUGUGCUCCCCCAGGCCAGCUGGGUCCCCCCCGAGAAAGGCCUGAGAGGACAGUCUUGGGACCCAGAGAGCAAUGUGACAGUGAGGGGAAGAGCCAGCCGCCAGGCGAGGGCUCCCAAAUGGUAGAGCCCUCGCAGCCGGAGCCUGGUGCUCAGGCCUGCUGGCCAGCCCCAAGCUUCCAAAGAUACAGCAUGCAAGGGGAGGAGGCACGGGCUGCACUGCUCCGUCCCUCUUUCAUUUCACAGGAGGUAAAGCUGUCCAUCGAAGGGCGUUCCAAUGCAGGAAAAUGAACCUCUCUCCCAGACCAGGACUGGGGCUUCACCCCAGAGCUGGGCCUCACCGUGAGCAGGCAGAGGAUUUGCACAUGCCGAGCAGGGAAUGGCUCUCUUGGCAGUGAGAUUGGGGGGAAAGAGGAGGCAUGAAGGCAGCCUCCCAAGGCAGGGUCUGUUGCUCAUUACCCCAUGGCAGCCUUUCAGGACAGCCCCAGAGGGUGCUGCGAUGGAGAGCAGCAGGCUUGAGCCAAGGAAGGAUGGGGGUGCACACAAGAUAAGAAACAUUCCAAAUAUCAGGGCCUCCCUGUUCUUUCCUCCCCAUCCCUAGCUCCUGCAAGGGGAAAGUUGGGCUUUGGGGGCAGGUGGCAGAGGGAGGGAGCAAAGAAAGAGCCAAAAAUGAUGAUCCACAGCUUAUAGUAGCAGUUCAACUGUCUGAAGUUUUUUUCCUUUCUUUUUUGUGGUGGGAGGGCAGGAAGCCCCAUGAUUGGGAUUAAGAGGGUUCCCACCCAGAACUCUUCUUUUGAGAGCUGUGCACUUUAAAGGGUGAUUUUGUUACAGAUGUCUGUGGGUUUGUGGGGGAGGAGCACUCAUCUACAGGACUCUGCUUGAUUCUGUGCUUCAGCCCUUUCCCAUCUCCCCACCAUUCCUCCCACAAGGCUUCUAGCACCAGGAGAGAGAGAAACCCCUCCAGGGUUCAGAGUGAAGUACUGCUUUGGCAGGGACCCAGUCGGGACUUUAGGAGAAAGACCUGAUGGCCAGGUGACCGGGUUCUAGGCAGGGCUUCUGGAAAGGUAGCUGAUGUAACAAAGCUCCUCCUACCCAGCAUGCCAGACCUACUUCGAAAUUGUACUGAAUUUCUAGUUGGUAAUGGUGACUUUUGAAAGAACCAGUGGACCUUUUUACCCAGUCCCCUACUCUCCUCUGUCUAUGUUGUGCCUAAGUGCCUGCGCUGUCCCCACCCUUCUGCUGCCCUAACCUCUGCAUGGUGUCUUGACCUGGGCCUGAUUUGUAGCUGCACUGCCUUUCCCCUUCUGCACAAUUGUUUUUGUCUCCUCUGACCAAGACCUCUUGUUUUUGGUGUGUAGGGGUCUCUUUGAUUUCCUUUUUAGUUAUAUUUCCUAUUUUUAAAAACUCAUAAAGAAUCAUGUCCCCUCCUCUUCUGCAGCUGAACAGCUUGGUAGAGAAACAAGAAGGGAACUGUGCCCUGGGUCAGGGCAAAUACACCUGGCUGGGCAGUGCCCAUCCUGGCGUUUUUACAUAGCCCCUCCCAUCUUAUUCCACUUCCUGUCAGCAAUCAGGCUUCUCGGAGCCAUCCCCUCCCACAGCCAGCUCUGAGGUUCUGGGAUAAGGGUCUUGAUAAGUUUCUAGUACCUGAAGUCUUCUAGAUUUCAUUUCGUGGUGGAGAAUUCCUCUGCAAAGAGCAUUCUUAAUCUUAGUUGCAUUUGUCCCCUUGUGUCUUAAGCCCCUGUUUUCUUCACAGCUUUUAGCAUCAGCUUGGACUGUGGGUUUCCACUGGGUAUUGAGAAUUAGGCUCCCCCACCAGCUUUCAGGUGGGUGGGUGGGUUUUUUGUUUGUUUUUCAGGGGUCUUCAGACUCUUGAAGCAACUCAGGGUAUUGUCCACCCAGCUCUCUGGUGAGGCUUCUCCCAUAAUAUGAUCCUGGCAUUUUCUUUAGAAAUGUACUUGGACUGGCCGAGGCCUUGCCUGCCCUCAGGAGUCCCAAACCUCUGAGGUCUGAUCUCUGCUCUGUCAAGGACUUCAGGCAAGUCUUGUGACCUCUCGCUCUUUCACUUCCUCCCCAGCUGCCAAAUGGGGAUUAAUAAUCUUACCUACCUCCUGGGGGGAGGGGGAGUUCUGAGAAUGGAGUCAUUCUUAGUGUUCUGGUGCUAAAGGUUGUUCUCCGGGGGGAACUAAGUGACUGAGACCGGCUUGUUUGCUCCAAGCCCUACAUGCCACUGUUUCAUUCCUAGAGAGCAAUUACCUGGUCAGUCAGGUUUUAGGGGCCCAUCCAAAGGAAGCUGCUGACCUGACUGUGAGUACUUAAGUCUCCAGGUCACCUCAGAACCAAACACCAACUGUGUGUGGUAAACACUCAACCUUGUAUGCAUGUGGGAUCAUCGCCUUUCCCUUCUCUGUCCCCCAUUUUCUCUGAAUGCUGCUUUCUCUGGCUUGUUUCCUACAGAGGAGGCCUGUGGGAAUAAGUCUUGAGGAAUCCUCUCGGAUGACAGCCCCAGGAGAAGGCCUCAUCUCUGACUGUUCCGUGGUCAACUCAUUCCUAGGGAUUAUUGUUUGCACGGGUUUCUCAGAAACAUCCUUCCUCAUAGGAAGGCUCACCAACUGAAUACAGUGGCAUUCACACAGUAGACACUCAAGAAGUGUUCCCCGAGGACACCGAUUGAGCUUCCUCUUGUGGGAGCAAACCUAUGUCCAACCAGAUACAGUAGUUUGUCCACUUCCCAGCCUGGUAAUUUCCACUGAAUCCUGGAAAGAGAAAAUCUUGUGCACAAAUUGGGCCCUGACCUUUCUGCUGCUGUUCUCUUCUGUCUCUUGCUGGUGAAGGAAUAUCAGCAGCUCUUCUAGUACCAUGCCAUGUGUAUGUAAUUUAUUAAUACUCGGUUUUGCAAAGCUGCAGAGGUGUGUUUUGUCAAGUAUGGGCUCCCAGGAACAGAGGCUCUGUGCUCUAAAUCUUGGUCAGAACUGUGGCAUUCUGCUUGCCUUUUCCUUCUGGUUCAGUCUUUUCUUCCAGGCAUGAGAAAUAAAAGGAGCCUGUGGUGUAUCUGUUCUUCCUUAAAGGAAUUUCAUACGUCUGUAAGAGACCUAAGAGCAGUUUGGGGAUAGUGAGCAUUUUAGUGGAAGCUGUCAGCUUUUUGGGAAAUGGGCAGUUGAAGCAGGCCAGAGCCACUCCCUUGUCAGUAGUAGGAGAUUCCCAGAGUUAAGGAGUAGAAAGGAGGCCUGCUAACUCUGGCACUGAACAGGAGUGGCUUUGUACCGAUUUGGGAGUAGAGUGACUAGGUAAAGGAUGAGUAAUAUGCCCAAGUCUUGGAUCAUCAUUCCUAUCAAGAUUAGUGUACGUGGGGAGGGGUGGGGGGCAUGGAGGGUGGUGGUGUGGGGGAAGGGAAUUCAGAGCUGAAUGCUUGUACCCAAGGGGAGGGCCCCUAGCAGAUCUGGACUGACCCUUCUACAUUUUUGGUCCCAGUCAGUUGUAAUACCAAGGGCUUUGGUCUGUGCUGCUUUGCCACUGCUGCUGUCUGCUCACUGUCCUGCCUGCUACCCUUUAUAGCUCCCUGUCCUUCCAUGUCUGAGCAUAGAGGGGAAAUCCAGGCAUCCUGUCCACUCUUACCUGUGCAAGUGUUACUUUAUAGCAAAGUCCUAUUGAAUAGGGAUAGUAUGAAAUGCUGCUGGUGGGCUGGUGAAUCCAAAGGGAUAUGGCUUCAGUGCUUGCUGGGAGCCCUUUAGCUCCAAAAUCUGACUCUCUUGAGGGAGAAGCAAGCAGGUCUUCUUAGUGGGCGUUUUCUAUGUAUUAAUCGCUUUCCUUUGUGGUAUCUUGUAUCCUGUUUUUAAAAUAAAUGAUGAGGAACCAGGUUAGGGCCUGUGUCAGCAUCCUAGGGAGGUUCAUCUGGCUCCAGUUAAGUGGAUUCUGGGACUGGAGAGCAUUUAAAGUUUGACUGAAAUAGCCCCUCUGUGGGUUUAGUUUUAUUUUUACUAGUGGACAUCAUAGGAGAUAAACAGGGUGGUGAUAUGAUUUAGACCUGCAACAAGCAGGCACAUUGGAGAGGUGAAUGAUCACACUGGAGAUGAAGGGUGGAUGUGGGUUGACUGGGAAAGGGCCUGGGUCCAUUGGAGUAAAGAUACCUGAUUAACUGAACUGGCCAUGGAGAUUAGGUCACAGUCUUAAGAGCAAAGGGUAGAGGUCAAGUUUUAGGGAGACUUCCUGGCCUCCUAGGGCUAAGUUUUAUAAACCACACCGAAGCUACAGUACUUUCCAGAUGAGAAAAAGUGUACACUACAGUUGAAGAGCUGGACUAUGUAAGGUGGAUGUUGACCAGGAACCUAUUAGCCCUUUGCUGGGAAGCCUUCACCAUCCAGCUCCCCUGGGCUAGGGAAGGCCUCCCACAUUAUGCAAUAAUAAAAUAAGCAUCUGGGUCUUUGCAGCUAUCAGUUGCUCUUUCAACUCUAGGGUCCAUCUUUGGGCCAGAAACCUGGUCUGGGCCUGGGAUGACACCGGCCCUCGAUGCUAGAGUUGACUGCACUCUCUCCUUACCUGCAGACUAUGCACAGUGCCUGGGGUGGAAGGAGGAGAGCUGGUGCGGUUUGCCCUGCUGAGCCUCCCCAGCAGGAACAGUAGUAAUAAAUGCACUUUUCACACUAAGGUUUCUUUAUUAGUUCUCCUGUUAAGCCUAGAUCCUCCCCUGGUAGAUUGCAAACUCAGUCUGUGUGAUCCCAAAGCCAUUCUACUGCAGAUGCCCAGCAGUGAAGAUGGCCUCAAAUUGGGUUCCUGUCUGCAGUGUGUAUGGCAGCAGCCCAUGUGCCUUUACCUAUUGUCAAACUUGCAAGCAUUUAUUUCUGUCCUUAUGACUGUCACGGGGACUGAGGUUCUUCAGAGAGAGGGAGCUGGUGACACAGUGAUUUUACACCCACUCCCUAGACAGGGAGUUUGCACGUGGUUGUGAGCUGUGAGUGGUUAGUGCAUUGCUAGUAUUGCUGAAGGCAGGGUGCAUCCCUCAUUUGCUUGAUACACUCAAGAGAAUAUAGAUUGUGUUGGGAAGAGACUGACUGUACUCGUGGCAAACUUGAAGUAUUAAAAUAAGGCUGUCCCCUACAACCUUCCUAGUCACACACAGGAUCCCUGUAGCCAAAACAGUAUAUGUUCCAGCUGCAGAGAGCAGACUGCUCUCAGCUUGCACAGCACCUUAGGGGAGGGAAGAAUAUAUGGAUAGGGAAUGGGGUGGAGAUAGGAAAGCAGGAAUGUUGUCAUCCAGGUGGCUUUAGGGUCCUGAGGAGUAAAGAAGGAUGGCACUGGGGAGGUCUGGAUGGAUCUGAUUUGUGUAGGAGUUCCCUGUAGAUAAAUUACUGAUCCCCCAACUACUAUCCCCAGUAUGUAAUGGCUGAAUUAAUAUGUAAUCAACUGCAUUGUAUCUAAAGCCUUAGAACUAGUCAGGUGCUCCCCCCACCCAGUACCAUUUCUUACCCUCUAAUCCUACCUGAUCUUUAACAAAGCAUUAAUAAUUCUAAGGAUAAUCUCUAUUUUGUUGUGCUUUUUUGUAACUGUUUUAAAUAAAUCAAUUUGUACUGUAUAUUUGUACUUUUGUGAGAUCCUUUUUGCUGUUUUACCAUUUUAAGUCUCUGUACUUGGCUACACACAGAUUGUAUUUUUAUUGUUAAUGCUCUUCUUAUGGAUACCUGCAUUUAACUUGUGGACUAUGUAAACACAAUAUAUAUCAAUAUCUAUAUAUCUAUAUAUCUAUCUAUAUAAACUACUAGCUUUUCCUUC